UCCAACAUGGACGGAAGUGUUACUGAGUUGAGGAGGAGACACUGUGUAUUUAUGAUGUAUGGCGUUUAGAUGACCGAUGAAAGUGUGACAAUGUCGAAAUUUCUGUAUUUAGCAAACAAACAAAACAUUACUCGGAAAAACAUAGCGGCAGCUGCAGUCGUGUGUUUAGUUGCAGGCUAUGGAGCUAAAAAAUGCUGCCCGGAGAUGAAGAAAGCUCUUGGAAGGCUUCUUGGAAAUGGCGAUUCCACCGACAAAGAGAAAACAUUGUCACUGAACAAAAGUUAUCGGGAAGCACAAGGGAAAGCAAAGAAGUCUACACCCACCGUCAACAAAAGAUUUUAUAAGCAAUUAAGAUACCUAUUGAAAAUCGUUAUUCCCGGACUUUGGACCAAAGAGUUCGGGAUAUUGACAGUUCACACACUGACACUGAUAGUGCGAACGUUCUUGUCAAUAUACGUGGCAACAUUAGAUGGCCGAAUAGUACAAACAAUAGUCAAAAGGGAUGUGAAAAGUUUUCUUCUUAGACUCACUGAGUGGCUCCUGAUUGCGAUUCCUGCAACAUUUGUCAAUAGUCUUAUACGUUUUCUUGAAUGUAAAUUAGGAUUAGCACUCCGAACACGACUAGUCGAUCAUGCCUACAAAUUGUAUUUUAGAAAUCAAACUUACUACCGAGUUGACAAUUUGGACAGCCGUCUGGCUAAUUCUGACCAGUGUCUCACAGAUGACAUCACAAUGUUCACUCAAUCGCUUGCUCAUCUUUAUUCCCACCUAACAAAGCCUCUACUUGAUAUAGCGUUAAUCACCUUCACUUUGUACUCACAAGCUAGCCACCGUGGAGCAAGCUCCAAGUAUCCAUCCAUGUUAGCUUCUAUUGUCAUAUUUUGUACGGUUCACAUUUUGAGAAUUGUGUCUCCCAAAUUUGGCAAGUUGGUAGCAGAGGAGGCAAAGCGCAAAGGUUACCUACGCUAUGUACAUUCAAGAGUCAUUGCGAAUGCAGAAGAGAUUGCUUUCUAUGGAGGUCACAAGAUUGAGCAGAACUUAUUGCAGACAAGCUACAGACAUUUAGCAAAACAAAUGGAUGUUAUUUUCAAAACCAAACUUUGGUACAUCAUGUUGGAGCAGUUUUUGAUGAAGUAUGUCUGGAGUGCUAGCGGACUAGUAAUGGUGGCUAUUCCUAUCAUAUCUGCGACUGGAGGAGGCAAACGCACUGAUGGUAGUCACGUAGAUGAUGACCCAGAUGGGGGAGUGGGAGAGAGGACAAAGGCCUUCACUACUGCAAGGAACCUCCUCAUCAACUCCGCAGAUGCUACUGAAAGGCUGAUAUCUUCAUACAAGGAGAUCACAGAGCUUGCCGGAUACACAUCCAGAGUUUCUGAUAUGAUAGAGGUAUUUGAAGAUGUUGGCUCAGGAAAAUAUCAGAGAAACACUGUCACUAAAGUGGGAAAAACAGUAGCUCUGGACCAUGUUAGCGAACCUCUGGAAAUCAAAGAUUCUACAGCAAAACCCUGUUACCAUGGUGAAGUUGUGGAUACAGAAUCAACAAUAGACAUUCAGAACUUGCCAAUCAUUACACCAAAUGGGGAUGUCAUUGUAGCUAACCUCAACCUGAAGAUUGAGAAAGGAACGCAUUUGUUGAUCACUGGACCAAAUGGGUGUGGCAAGUCAUCUCUGUUCCGUAUACUCAGUGGAUUGUGGCCAGCAUAUGGUGGGAAACUCCUCAAACCCCCACCCAGCACAAUGUUUUACAUUCCUCAAAGGCCCUACAUGUCUCUAGGAACCUUCCGUGACCAGGUGAUCUAUCCUGACACUCUGGAGGAAAUGGUAACCAAAGGUUAUACCGAUUCAGACCUGGAGAAAGUCCUAGAUAUUGUCAAUCUAAGACCGAUAGUCGACAGAGAAGGAGGAUGGGAUGCUCACGGGGAUUGGAAAGAUGUGUUGUCUGGUGGAGAGAAACAGAGAAUGGGAAUGGCUAGGAUCUUCUACCACAAACCUCAUUUUGCACUCCUGGAUGAAUGUACCAGUGCUGUGUCUAUUGAUGUGGAGAGCAAGAUCUACCAGACCGUGAAGGAUUCUGGUAUCUCCCUGAUGACAAUCACACACAGGCCGUCACUCUGGAAAUUCCACACCCACCUCCUGCAGUUUGAUGGGGAGGGAGGAUGGAGAAUGGAAGAACUUGACUCCAAUACCCGCCUGACUCUUAACGAGGAGAAACAGCGUCUAGAGACCCAACUUGCAGGAUUGCCAAAAAUGCAGCACCGACUGCAGGAGCUGUGUGGCAUGCUAGGGGAAGACUCUGUACUGUUGGAGAAGGAAGAAGAGUCUGACUGACCAAAUAGGGACAGGGAGAGCACCCCUCAGAUUUGAAACAAAAUUUUUAUUAGUCAUAUCAAAAACCAAUGCAAAGUUGUUGAAUUAUAGACAUUUGUCCAGAAUUUGAUGAAGUGUCAGACGUGUUCAGAACAUUCAGUGUUGUUGGUGCACUUUUUAUGUGAUAGUAGAUACAUAGGGUAUUUUAAAUCCUUUGAAACACUUGUAUUCAUUUAACAGUAUUAUUGUUGUGAACAAAUGGUAUUUCAUGAGUAGAUUUUUUUGUUUGAUUGUAGACUGUUUUAAGCUAUGAAGUCUGAAAGGUUGUUAUAAAUGUAUAAUCCAUAUACAGUGGAUUGUCAGUAACCCAUCCACCUUUAGCCUCGGCAAAUAAUGCUGAAUUGUGAGAUGGCUAGAUGAAUGGGUCAAUAUGCAUAGCACAAGGCCAGUCUGAUCCCUUAAACACGGGCUGGAUAUUGGGACAACCAUUUGAGUGGUGACUGGAGUGACAGUGCCCCCAUGUUUAUGGUCUACACCACAGGAUACUUUUUGUUUUUGCAUCAUGUCGGGUUGUAAGGAGAAGUAAGAUCUUCUGCAUGUCACACAUUAAUUCACAGUAGAUAAAGAAGGCUCAAAUGCAAUAUUCCAUGCCAACCUCUUGCCAAACACUUCCAUUGGUGAAGUGUCCGGUACAAAGAGGUCAAUACUUGUAUAUCACUGAUCUCGACAAAAUUACUUCAUAAACUUGAUGUAUUUCCAGAGGUAAAUUGAUUAUAUAAUAUUUUCACAUUAAUUUGCUAAAAGGUUAGAAAACUAAAACAAUUAAAUUGGAAAAUUAGACAAUUAAAUGGGAAAAAAAAUCAAAAUAGCAAGGUCCCAUGCAGGGUGUAAAAAUGAACAUCCCACAAGGACACUUUAUUAGAGGGUAAAUGUGUGACAGUUCUGACAAAAUUGGGACAUUUGACAGGUAUUUGCAAGUAUAUCUGCAUUAUAUCUGCAUGAUUUUCACUAUUUUAUAAAAAAAAAAAAAUGAAAAAU